CUGAGAGCUUUAUCAGAGUGCACCAACAACACGCUCCUGUGAAUACCAUGAAGCCAAAGUCUCUCUGUGUGCCUCGGCUUGGCCUCUUUGAGGACACUGGUGGCAGAUACAGGCGGCAGGUCGACAGCGGCUCACCGGAGCAGAGCCUCGAUCAGCCGGCGGAGAGGCCCAGAGAUCCGCGCUUCACUUUACUGCCGGAGAGAUCUCCUUAUCAGCCCUUAGUUGAAGAUGACAGCCAACACAGACUAAAGGAGGAAAAGAAAACGAAAAAGAAAGAAAAGUAUAAAAAAUACAAAAAGAACGUGGGGAAGGCUCUUCGCUACAGUUGGAAAUGUCUGAUGUUGGGUCUGCAGAACUUCACUGUGGGAUACUCCACCCCUCUUUCUGCUGCUGCCACAAUUGUUCCAGAUUUCCACCCGGGAGGAGCCUGGGGUUGAGAGAGUCCGUGACCAGCAUUUGUACUUUACUGUCAGGACACACAAUCUUCUCAUAUGGGGAAGUUAAUGUUGCACAUCCAGAUGCUGAUUCAUUUUUUUUACCCUACAUCUGCCCUGGACAUGCAGCUCAACCUCUCAUGCUGUUAAUUGUUAUAUAUAUCUUCUCUUUGGAUUUGUGAUAAAGUGAUUUUCACAUUUCAAUUGAGAUCUACAGCUGUAAGGAAGACAUAUCUUUGUAUACUCAUGUUUUAUUUGUGUAUAUUUUGCUAUGAUUGAAAGAAUU